AUGAGUGCCAUGACCAACAUGAACCUCUUCAACGUGCCCUACAAGCCAGCUUGUGCCACCAAGCCUCCUGGUUGGGGUGAGCUCCCAGUUGAGCCGUGGCUGGUUCGCCGCUGGAACAAGAAUUCCGCUGAGCCCGCCGCCGAGCAGCGCGCCCGGCUCAUUCCAGAGUACCUCUCGCUGCCCACUAUUCCUCGCGGAUUGUGGGAUCCUGUCGACAGUAGCUUCCGCCACUUAACCAUCGAGGAUAUUAACAAGGUCCUCAAGCCGUGGCGCCCUCAGGAAGUUCGCGGCGUGGCCAACGCGCUCUGGACGGCCCGAAACUACUACCCUCCUCUGGUUCGAAGCUACUAUGAGCCCAACAAUCACGAGCACAACAUGCUCAUGGACCUCUGGGUCUCGAUGGGUCACUACUUCCAGGCUGAGAAGGAGUGGAUUGUCAUCAACGACCCCGUGUACUACCCCGGCGGUACCGACCAGAUGGCCGACUGGAAGAACAUCUUCCUUACUCUCCCUGAGCUCGCCGGCCCUGCAAUCAAUCGCUCGGAAACCGAUAGCAUUCGUUAUGACAACGUUCCACCUAAGGCCGAGUAUCGCCGCGACCUUUUCAAGGCUCAGUUGGCUGUCAACAAGUACCUGAAGCCUCACCUCUGGUACAAAGACAAGGUUCACAUGAUUGAAUCUUGCGCCGCACACAUCCACCGGGCUAUGUGCUACAAGCCCCUCAUCAUCGUGGAUAGGCAGGCUUUCGAAACCGGGUACCCCCUUCUGGUCUACAUGGACUACUUCGGAGAUGUCAUCCGCCAGACUCGUUUCGAUUUGAACGAGGAGACACUCCUGCAGGUCAUUGAAGACUGGCUUCCAAACCCUCUGUCCACAAAGGACACCAGUCUCCUCACUCCCUGGAUGUGGUACCAGAGUGAGGUGAGCACCAAGUACAAGGUGCAGGACCCAAAGAACCUCUGGUUGUACGAGGUGACCGAUGUUGACCUUGAGGAUCCUACUGAAGAGGAUAGCCUCAGCGGAGGGGAGGUUGUUGGCCUAGAUCAGAUUGAGAUUGCCUUGCAGGCUUGA